AUGAUGCGGCAAGCCGGGCGCUACCAGGCCGCCUACAGGGAGCUGGCGAAGAAGCACCCGUCCUUCCGCGUGCGGUCGGAGACGACGGACCUCAUCGUGGACAUCACGCUGCAGCCCUGGCGGUCGUUCAAGCCGGACGGCCUCAUCCUGUUCUCCGACAUCCUCACGCCGCUCCCUGCGCUCGGGAUCCCCUUCGAGAUCGACGACAACAAGGGUCCGCUGAUCGACGCGCCGCUGCGGAACGCCGAGGACAUGAAGACGCUCCACGCGCUCGACCUGUCCCAGCUCACCUUCGUCGGCGAGGCGCUCACGGAGCUGCGCAACGCCGUCAAGUCCGAGGCGAGCCCGCCGGCCGUGCUGGGCUUCGUGGGCUCGCCGUGGACGAUGGCGACGUACAUCGUGGAGGGCAAGUCCACCCCGACGUACAAGAUCAUCAAGACCAUGGCCGUGAACGACCCGGAGGCCCUCGACACGCUCCUGUCGCACCUCUCCGCCGCCCUGGCCGACUAUAUCGUCUACCAGAUCGAGGCCGGCGCGCAGGCGGUGCAGGUGUUUGACUCCUGGGGCGGGCAGCUCCCGCCGUCCAUGUGGGACCGCUGGAGCGGGCCCUACAUCAAGGACAUGAUCAAGAAGGUGAAGGACAAGUACCCCGCGGUGCCGCUGACGCUGUACGCGAACGGCUCGGGCGGCCUGCUGGAGCGCAUGGCCGACGCGGGGCCGGACGUUAUCGGGCUGGACUGGACGGUGGACAUGGCGGACGCGCGGCGGCGGCUGGGGGGGGACGUGGGGGUGCAGGGCAACGUGGAUCCGAUCGUGCUGUUCGGGGGGGAGUCGGCGAUCGAGGGGGCGGUGCGGGAGUGCUUGGGCAAGGCGGGGACGCGCGGGCACAUCCUGAACCUCGGGCACGGCGUGAUGGUGGGCACGCCCGAGGAGAGCGUGGCGCACUUUUUCGAAUUCAACCGAUCGAUGACGUACGACAAGUUGUAG